GUUUUCUGGAUAUGAUUUCAACUCUGUGGGUUUUUAUUGUAUUGAGUAGUGGUUGAGUUCGAUAUUUAGAUUGCUGCAUGUGGUUUCAAACUCUCUGUGGAUUGUUAUUUUAAUAAUCUUGAACUUUGUGAUAGAUGGUGGUGCUAUGAUUUUAAGGAUAUUAGGAAACUUAUAAAUGUUGAACAUUUUUAUGUUGUUAUUUCAAGUGUUUUGUGGAAAUUUUUGUUGAUGUCGAUUUUGUCAUGUGUUUGAUCCAACUGAUUUACUUUGAACCAUAUAUGUUGAAUUUCGAUUGUAGUAAAUUAGUAACGAGGUAGGGGGAUAUAAUGAUUGAGCACAAGAUGCCCUUUCGUAAUUCGAGGCCCAGUACUAGGAAACGUUACAGCUUCCCAAACAGAGGAAUGGCCUGGGCCCAAAACAUGACCUAGUUCAUAUGCAGAUUCUAGUGAUUUUGUAUUUCGUGAUUGUCACAAUAUCCCUCCAUUUCCCAUUUAUCAAAAAUGGAAAUGGCAUAUGGUUUCCUUGCUGCUAACUGUAUGGCGCAUGCCAAUGUCCGAAGCAAUUGUCUCAGUCAUUAAUGCUGUGCUAGCAUUCUCAUUUCCAUGUUCCCCAUCUAUUAAAUAGAUUACCACAACAGUCCCUUACCGCAACACCAUAACCCCCCCAAUAAAGUCUGGCGAUAUAC